AUGGCCGCGACUCUCACGAAACACCACGACACCCCUCCAUUUGCUGACCACAAAGAUCUGCACAACGUCAUAGAUGCAACGCAGCUUGGUGACGUCCCUUGGCAGUGCUUCUCUGUUGUCCCUCCAUGGAUGGACGAUGAAUUCGAGGUCUGGUAUAGGGACCCCCGUGCAAUGGCGCACAACAUCAUCGCUAACCCUAGCUACAAGGACGAAAUUGACUAUGCUCCAUUUUGUGAAUACGAUGCAUCAGACAACACACGCCAAUGGAAAGAUUUCAUGUCCAGAGACUGGGCAUGGCAACAAGCAGUAUGUCUUGCAUCUGACACCAUAUCGCAAGAUCCAGAAACACAAGGAUCCACGUUGGUCCCAAUCAUUCUCAGUAGUGACAAAACUACUGUCUCUGUGGGCACUGGUAACAAUGAAUAUUAUCCCCUCUACGCUUCGAUCGGUAACGUACACAACAACAUGCGACGCGCACACCGUGAUGCUCUUGUCAUCAUUGGUUUCCUCGCCAUACCCAAAACUGACAGGAGUCAUUCUAAAGAUGACUCAUUUCAGAUAUUUCGCCACCAGCUAUUCCACAGUUCGCUAUCUGCAAUUCUCUCCAGCCUCAAACCUUUUAUGACCACUCAUGAGGUCGUGCGCUGUGGAGAUGGACCCUACAUAGCGGAUUACGAGGAACAACUUGUGCUAUCCUGUGUUGUCAAACAUUGGUGCCUGAAAUGCAUUGCAGUUCACACAAACCUUGAUGGUGGUGGCAUCUACCACAGCCACGAGCAUAUCGAUUUCUUGAUCAAUGAGCUACACGCGGAUAUAUUGUGGGAUGAAUUUGGUCUCAUUGGUGAUCUUGUUCCAUUCACUAAUGACUUCCCCCGAGCUGACAUUCAUGAGUUGCUGUCGUUUGACCUUCUCCACCAGCUAAUUAAAGGGGCUUUCAAAGACCAUCUCGUUGAUUGGGUAGCAAAGUACCUCAAGGCCGUGCAUGGGACCAAAUGGUCAGAGGAGAUCAUGAGCGAUAUAGAUCGCAGGCCGCGAUUUCAACAGUGGAUGGGCGAUGAUUCCAAAGCGCUCAUGAAGGUAUUUCUUCUGGCUAUCGAAGGUCACGUGCCUCAAGACAUGGUGCGCGCAUUUCACGCAUUAUUAGAAUUCUGCUACCUCAUCUGGUGCAAUGUCAUCACCGAAGAUACCAUGAUUCAGAUUCAAGACGCACUCUAUCAUUUUCACCAUUAUCGCAAGAUAUUCGAUACCGUCGUUCCCACCUUCUCACUCCCCCCUCAGCACUCGAUGACUCAUUAUGUGGACAUGAUCAGAUUAUUUGGCACCCCUAACGGACUGUGCUCAUCAAUCACAGAAUUAAAGCACAUCAAGGCGGUAAAGGAGCCUUGGCGGUGGUCAAAUAGGCACAAUGCUCUUGGUCAGAUGCUUGUGACCAAUCAGCGCCUUGAUAAACUCGCAGCAUCACGCGUGGAUUUUGAUGCACAGACAGUAGCAGCAUUGGCACAUGAAGUCGCUGUCUUCAACUCUGCUGCCACAACAUUUUAUGCUCCCAGUGAUCUGAGUGGCAUUGGGGGCAUGCAACACGAACAUAUCCGUGCAUGUCCACUCUGGUGGAACGAGUACCCGCGCAAUGAUUGCAUGUUCAUUAACACUGAUUCAGAUGCUGAAGGGAUGCGAGGACUCAAAGUUGCGAGAGUCAUAUGCUUCUUUUCUUUCAAGCACGACUGGGAAGUAUAUCCAUGCACUCUCAUACAAUGGUUUGAGAAGAUUGGUGACUGUCCUGAUGAAAAUACUGGCAUGUGGAUGACGGUCUUCCGUGCAGCCCACUUGAUACCUAUCUACGGUUCUGAGUACAUUCCUCCCUCCCUCAAGUUUUAUCAGUCUCUUGAUACUUUCAGCUCAUUCUACGUCAACAAAUACGCUGAUCACCAUGUGUUCGAGAUAGCGUCCUGA